UGCACAAGAAGAAAUCUCUCCACCAGCUUUAUACUCAUCAACCAUGUCUUCCACUACACUGACGUUUGUGGGAGUUCGUUCCCAGGCACUUGCAUUUGAAAACCAGACCUUGAAGCUUCUCACCAGCUAUUCCUCGUUUGCUCAGUCUCCCACUGCACAUCCAACCCAGAAGGAGCUAGCCUUGGAGAAGGAGAUCGCCAAUUUGCUCAAACAAAGAGACGCAACUGUUGAGAAUUUGAACAAUUUUGAGAAAUUCGAGAACUUGGUUCCUUCCAGAUCACAACAGUUGCAACGACACAACGAGGUUCUACAGGAAAAUUACAGGGAUUUCAAUAAUAUCAAACUCUCUAUCAAACAAGAAAGAGAGAGAAUCAAUUUGCUAAUAAGUGUUAGGUCCGAUAUCGAGGCCCAUAAAAGAAGAAACAACGAUACCUCCAGUAACCAGUUUUUAAAUGACGAAAACGACUACAUCAACAAUGAACGAGAGAGGGCAGACAAUGCCAAUUCAAUAGCCGACAGAUUACUAGCCCAGGCCUAUGAAACAAGAAGUGAAUUUCAAAGACAGAGAAGUGUACUCUCUGGGGUCAACAAGAAAAUGUUUUCAGUAUUGUCUACUAUACCAGGCAUAAAUGUUUUGCUAGGUAAAAUCAACACUAGGAGGAAAAGAGAUGCCAUUAUUAUAGCUUCGUUAAUAUCAGUUUGUAUAAUUCUUAUAUGGCUCACAAGCUAGAACAUGUAUCAAUGGAUCGGAAUUUUUCACUUUUAAUCUAGUGCAAUCAACUCUAUGAGGAUCGACC